ACAAUUUCACAUCUGCAAACACAGUCUUCAUCCACUUGACUCCCAGGACCCGCCCACACGUGGCUGAGCCAUUUCUAAUGUGAUUUGUGUCUCUGCUCCCUGCAGGUUCAUGUGCGCACAGCAACCUUAUAUGGACUCAGCUCUCCAGCAAUGGCUUAUUUUUUUUCAGGGAGCAGGAGAGAGAUCUGGGUGCUUUAGCCAGACCCUCAACUAAACCUGACUUUGGCAUUUUCCCUGGAGUUACAAACUAUAGGAGAAGCACUUGGCGCUCCCUCAUUCACUCAACUGCGCCUGAUUCGCACAGCAUCCCAGCGCUCACCCCACAGACUUACUAGUUGGGAGUCUCUGUCUCUCUCUUCUUCUCUUGUUUUUUUUUUCUUCCUCCCAUUGGAAAGAGGAUUGGCACACUGGUGUCUCCACUUAGCUGCAGAAUAUGUCUUUAACCAACACAAAGACGGGCUUCUCUGUAAAGGACAUUCUAGAUCUGCCUGAUACCAAUGACGACGAAGGAUCCAUUGCAGAAGGAGCAGAUGAAGACACAGACGGUUCUGAACCCACUAAAAAGCCAAGAGGUUUGGGGCAAAGCCCCUUGGAAACAGUACAGAGCCUGCCUUUAAAAAGCCCUUUCUAUGACAGCAGUGACAACCCCUAUACCAGAUGGCUGGCCACUACCGAGAGCAUCCAGUACUCCUUGCACGGCUUUGCUUCCAGCAACUCGCAGCAGGAUUCCUCGCCCAAGUCGCCCGAACCGUCGGCUGAUGAGUCCCCAGACAACGACAAGGACCCCUCCACCAACCCAGACUCAGGCAAGAAGAGAAAGCGCCGGGUGCUGUUCUCCAAGGCACAGACUUACGAGCUGGAGAGGCGGUUUAGGCAGCAGCGGUACCUGUCGGCCCCUGAGAGGGAGCACCUGGCCAGCCUCAUCCGACUCACCCCCACCCAAGUCAAGAUCUGGUUCCAGAACCACAGGUACAAGAUGAAGAGGGCCCGGGCAGAAAAAGGUAUGGAAGUGACUCCUCUUCCCUCCCCUAGGCGAGUGGCAGUGCCAGUGCUAGUAAGGGAUGGAAAGCCCUGCCACACUCUGAAAGCUCAGGACUUAGCUGCCACAUUCCCAGCUGGCAUCCCUUUCUCUGCCUAUAGCGCCCAGUCAUUACAGCACAUGCAAUAUAAUGCCCAGUACUCUUCUGCCAGUAACGCCCAGUACCCUACAGCACAUCACUUGGUGCAAGCCCAACACUGGACUUGGUGAACUUUACUUACGGACUGGUCUGCUCCAAAAAAUGAUGGGGGGGAUAAAAAAAAAACUGUUGGGUAAAAAAAGAGGCAUAAUUAUUAUUAUAAUUAUUAUUAUUAUUAUGUUUUUUAUGAAAGGUCAAUUCAUCCUCAAACACCCAGUUUCUGGUAUGUUGUGCUCCAUGUUUACAAAUUUGCUCCAAGACAGCGAAUCUACCUACCUGCGAUUCAAUGGGGGGAACCUACUGCUUAUGUGAUUUUCUUUGUAAAAUAUGUUUGUGUGUUGUAGAAAUGUUGUCGAUCGUAUAAAAACAAAAGCAAGUGAAAACCACUUUAGAGAUUUUUAUUUCUUUCUUUUAAGCACAUAGCCACCGCAAAAAACAAACAAACAAACAAACAAAAAAAACUGUUAUUUAUGGCCAACGUGUAAAAAUAAAAUCUGAAUUUAUUUUUUAUGUUUUAAUUUCAUAGAGAAGUGUUUAUUAUUGGCAUCAGUAACCUCCAGGGCGCUAUUUUAUGCAAACAUUCCCCGAAACAUAAAGUAGAACAUGUCAGUCACCUGCAUAUAGAUCUAUACAGCUGUAUAUGUAUCAUUAAAGAAAAAAGAAUUAAAAGUGCAUCCCAUGGGAGAUUUUGGACUUUUAUAAGAAUUUUAAUAAAACAAUGUGUUUAAAAAA